AUGGUGGCGGGAGUUGGGGCGGUGAGGGAGGGGCUAAAUAGGGGGUGGAGCGGCGGGAGAAACAAACCCAAAUGUUUCGAGCUGCCGCCCGCGCUCCGCGCAGAAAUUUUAGAGCCACAUCAGCGAUCCCGCCAAUCCACCGGCCCAAGCUAUCGGCCACGUCACGGAUCCGCGGCAUCUCUCCCCCGGAUCGCCAUCUUGACCGUCCACUCCAUCCGCAUCGAACGGCAGGCACACGCCUCCUCCGACGUCUCGUCCCCGUUAAAACGCCCUUCGCCCCUCCCCGCAAAUCACAGCAGCAGCAGCCACCACCGUUCCUCCGAUUCCACCACAUCCGCUCGCAGCUCGAGAUCGUCAGCCAUGUCCGGGCGCGGCAAGGGAGGCAAGGGGCUCGGCAAGGGCGGUGCCAAGCGCCACAGGAAGGUUCUGCGCGACAACAUCCAGGGCAUCACCAAGCCGGCGAUCCGGCGGCUGGCGCGGCGCGGCGGCGUGAAGCGCAUCUCGGGGCUCAUCUACGAGGAGACCCGCGGCGUGCUCAAGAUCUUCCUCGAGAACGUCAUCCGCGACGCCGUCACCUACACCGAGCACGCCCGCCGCAAGACCGUCACCGCCAUGGACGUCGUCUACGCGCUCAAGCGCCAGGGCCGCACCCUCUAUGGCUUCGGCGGCUAGGCCACCACCGGAUAGUCGUUGUUUGGUACAGUACUAGCAGUGUUCGUGGUCCUCGGGUCUGAAAAAUCGCCGCAUCUCGCUGCUGUUUGCCCUGGCCCUGUUUGUUGUCUGGAUGUACUAGGAUGGAAUGGAAAUUGCAGCAGUUUACCCUUGAA